GGGCGCUGGCCACGCUUUGUGGCACCGCACCGCCCCCUCCCCCAAGCUCCGAGGUGCGGGGAGAGCGCAGCGCCCGGGGUUCCGGUCGCCCCGCCUCCCACGUGACUCCCCGCGGAACUUCACCCUCCGGCCCCGACGGCCUUGCUGCUGGCAUCCAAGUCGUCCUUGUGCGUGCGUCCCAAAGCUCUUGCGUUGCGUUCUCAAGCCGACUUCACCACGCUAUUUAUUCAUCUCAUCGCUAAGGUCUACUCUUUUGGUCUGGGAAAUUCAGGCUUUUUUCUUUAUUGAUCUUUAGUUUUCCUACGUGAAUUGAGCUUUGUGCCUCCUUGGAGCCAACAGGAUGUGGAAAUGUAAACUUUGCUAGAAGAACCAGCUGUAAUCGAUGUGGUCGGGAGAAAACAACUGAGGCCAAGAUGAUGAAAGCUGGGGGCACUGAAAUAGGAAAGACUCUGGCAGAAAAGAGCCGAGGCCUAUUUAGUGCUAAUGACUGGCAGUGUAAAACUUGCAGUAAUGUGAAUUGGGCCAGAAGAUCAGAGUGUAACAUGUGUAAUACUCCAAAGUAUGCUAAAUUAGAAGAAAGAACAGGAUAUGGUGGUGGUUUUAAUGAAAGAGAAAAUGUUGAAUAUAUAGAAAGAGAAGAAUCUGAUGGAGAAUAUGAUGAAUUUGGACGUAAAAAGAAAAAAUACAGAGGGAAGCCAGUUGGUCCUGCAUCCAUAUUAAAGGAAGUUGAUGAUAAAGAAUCAGAAGGAGAAGAAGAAGAUGAGGAUGCAGAUCUUUCUAAAUAUAAAUUAGAUGAGGAUGAGGAUGAAGAUGAUGCUGAUCUCUCAAAAUAUAAUCUUGAUGCCAGUGAAGAAGAAGAUACUAAUAAAAAGAAGUCUAAUAGAAGAAGUCGAUCAAAGUCUCGGUCUUCACGAUCUUCAUCUCGCUCAUCCUCCCCCUCAAGUUCAAGGUCUAGGUCCAGGUCCCGUUCAAGAAGUUCUUCCAGUUCGCAGUCAAGAUCUCGUUCCAGUUCCAGAGAACGUUCGAGAUCUCGUGGGUCGAAAUCAAGAUCCAGCUCCAGGUCCCACAGGGGCUCUUCCUCCCCACGAAAAAGAUCUUAUUCAAGUUCAUCAUCGUCUCCUGAGAGGAACAGAAAGAGAAGUCGUUCUAGAUCAUCUUCUCCUGGUGAUCGAAAAAAAAGACGAACAAGAUCACGGUCACCCGAAAGGCACCACAGGUCAUCUUCUGGAUCAUCCCAUUCUGGUUCCCGUUCAAGUUCAAAAAAGAAAUAAUGUAUUAAAAUUUACGUCUUUAAAAAAAAAUACAGUACAGUGCAUGAAACACUUUUUAAGAAGUUGAUGUCUUACUUGGUCAGAAGUGCUAAAUCUGCUAGUAGAGGUGCAUGCCUUCAUUGUUUUUCAGAAUAAUACAAUGUGUUUAUUUGUGAAAUUAAAAGUGAAUUGCAUUUUAAGCCAUAAUGUCCCGAAGUAAAAGCUCUUUUGUUCAUUGUUUGCAUCCAUUUACCUAAAACCAUCUCAGUUUCAACAAAUAGUCCUUGGGAAAAAUCUGCUAUAUUAACCUGGAAAAGAAAUUAAACUGUUUGUACUUUUAAUCUAUGUCAGAGUGAUUCCUGCUAUAAAAAUUUAAACUAAGUUAUAAAACAAUCAACUGGGAACUUCAUCUUAAAUUCCCUAUGCUUUGGGUGCCUUAUUCAUUGCCUCUUUUAUACAAUUUUUUACCAGUUUUGCAUCACCACAUUUAAUGGCGGACAAAUCUUGUGGAUUGCAAAAGAAACAAGGUGUUAAGCAUUUUCCUUUCGGACACCUAAUUUGGGCAAGGAAAGAAACUCUUACUAGUUUAUCUGGUCUCUACUAAUAUGGUUGCCAGUAUGGAAAGAUGCUUAUUCUGAGUAAACGUUUUAAAAGGUUUGUGCAGUGUCCUAGAAGAAAACUUAGUUACUAAAUACAAUAGGUUAGAGAAGGCUAAAUUGUACUUGACAAAUUGAAGAUUUUGAAAUGUGUUUCUGUUGGUGAAGGCCCAGCAGAAACGUGAAUUGAAGUAAAUUUUUCCCUUGAGAUGUGUAACUCUAAAUGUAUUACAUAACAUUUUCUUCUGGAUAGCAAUUGAAUACUUAUUUCUGCAUGAUAAAAACAGUCAUUUUUCCUUUUUUACAUGAAAGUUAUGGCUUAAAAUGCUUUCAGAGUUUCAUUUCUCAGAAUAAAAAUCUGGUCACAAGUUCCAUUUUGUUUUCUGGUUUGAAGAAAAGGUUUCUCUUAACAGUGUCUUCAGUGACAAUGCAAGGUAAGUAUAUGAAGGGAAAUCAACAGUUGUGCUUGGGGUCUUUUUGUUAUGGGGUACUGAUUUUUCUCUCUCUCUCUUUUUUUUUUUAACAUUGUCUGCCACAGUUUAAGAACAAGGUGUUUAGUAGAUAGACCAAACAAAAUUAUAUUUGUUUUUUAUUUUAAAGUGUUUUCAGCUGAUCUAAAGAUGAAUACAAAAUAUCUUAUGUAGAAAUAUUUUGAUAAUAUUUUUACAAUGAGCUUUCCCGUGUUUUUUAUGUCUUAAUUUUCCUUGCUACAUUUACUAUAGGUUGCACAAGAACUUUUACUCUUGUAAUUGUGCCUCAGACUUUUCGAAAGCCCACGUACUAAGUUGCCCACAUGAUCAUCUAGAUUCUACAUGUUACCAUUGGUUUAUUCUUGUGCUUUCUGUGUUUAAAACUUCAACUGUACUAAGCAAUUGCAAGGUUAUAAAUUUAGCUAAUAGGAGUUGAUAGACAAAGUCAGAUGAUUAUGAUUUUCUUUGGUUUAAGCUGUGCUAGUUCAUUUCAUAAGGAAAUGAUGCUGUAGAGAAAUGUAAAUAAAGUCUGUGAGUCAAGCAUCAAGUGGUGUUUGUUAGAAAUAAACUAGAGAUUUUUACGCUGUGA